AUGGACGGCCUGGAGACAAAUGAUCGCUCACAGCAGACCACUACAGAGCAAAGCCCAUCUCUUCUCACAAUCAUCCUCGACACAAAUCCCGCAGCGUGGGCUCUUCUAUCAGACACGCUACCUCUGUCUGCCGUGGUGGCAAAUAUCCUGGUCUUCAUCAAUGCCCAUCUAGCGUGUAAUUUCACCAACAAAGUCGCCGUCAUCGCGAGCCAACCGGACAAAGCGCAAUGGCUCUAUCCACCUUCGCAGGAGCAACAGACGGCAGCGCGGGAGGAUGCAGCAGAGGAUACACCAAGACCAGCGAAACGUGUCAAGCUCAAUAGCGCACAACCCACCAAUAGUGACGCCGAUUUCACCGACGGCAGCAAAUACAGGCCUUUUCGCCUCAUAGAGACUGCACUCCUCAAUUCCCUGACAGAGCUCCUGAAUAAAACGACGCCAACAGAUCUGGAUCCCUCAUCCAGCACUUCCACCAUGAUCGCGGGUGCCCUUACCCUCGCUCUCAGCUACAUCAAUCGGGAGUCCAUUGCCUACUCCGAAUCCAUUGUCGGCGUUGCCACUGAUCCGACUACCCAGCAGACAGCUGAUACAUCCUCUCCCUCACGCCUACAAUCUCGUAUUCUCCUCAUCUCCGCCUCCCCAACCACCGACCUCGCGCACCAGUAUAUCCCCGUUAUGAACGCGAUUUUUGCCUGCCAGCGCCUGAGCAUCCCAAUCGACAUCCUGGCCAUCCCACUUCCAAAGUUCUCGCCCACCAACUCAUCCGAUACCCAAUCCGGCACCCCCGCGAUCUCAUCCUCAAAUUCCACCGUCUUCCUCCAACAAGCCUCCGACGCCACAAACGGCAUUUACCUACCCUUCACCUUCCCUCCUACCGGCAGCAGCAGCAGCAGCUCUCAGCAACCCCGAAUAGCACAAACCUCAUCCGCCCUCCUCCAACUCCUCCUCUCCCCGCUUCUCCCCUCGCCACUCGUCCGCACCCACCUCACCUCGCCGACCCUAAUCAACAUCGACUUCCGCGCCGCCUGCUUCUGCCACCGUCGCGUCAUCGACUUGGGAUAUGUGUGCAGUGUGUGUCUCAGCAUCUUCUGUGAGCCGCCGCUGGCGGAGGAGCAGCCGGGACCGUCUACGCCAACGCCAGGAGAGCCAGGGGGGAAGCAACAGGAGCCAGCGUAUGAGUGUUUCACGUGUGGGACGCGGCUUGGGUUGGGAGAGGGCGUUGGGAGGAAGCCCAUUGUGGUUGCGAGGAGAAAGAAGAAGAAGAAGGUCGCUGGGGCGAGGAGUGGGCUUGCGGGUGGGGAAGGGAAUAGUAGAGUCGGGACACCUGUGCCUGGGUGA